AUGAACACCAGCGACAAGCACUUCAAGUGGGCGCAAAAGGACGGCGAGUUCCGGCGGCAAGUGUCGAGCUUCCGCAGCUUUGUCUCUGCGGACCCGGAGGCCGAGUUUGCAGCCGAGCCCCACCGCUACCAUCUGUACGUCAGCUAUGCGUGCCCGUGGGCGCACCGCACGCUCUUGGUGCGCAACCUGAAGGGCCUGCAGGACAUCAUCGGGGUGUCAGUGGUGCAUUAUCUGCUGACGCCCGAGAGCUGGCACUUUGCGUCGCCCGACGAGUGCCCUGGAGCCACCCUGGACGAUGUGAAUGGCGCCAAGAACAUGCGCGAACUGUAUCUGAAGGCCAACCCCGAGUAUACGGCGCGGUUCACGGUGCCUGUGCUGUGGGACAAGAAGAACCAGACCAUUGUGAGCAACGAGAGCUCCGAGAUCAUCCGCAUGUUCAACUCGGCCUUUGACGAGUUCGUGGAGCCGCAGUACCGCGGCGUGGACUUUUAUCCGGAUGAGCUGCGCGCCGAGAUCGAUGCCACCAACGAGUGGGUGUACGAUACGAUCAAUAACGGUGUCUACAAGUCCGGGUUCGCCACCCAGCAGGAUGUCUAUGAGAAGCACUGCAGGGCGCUGUUUGCAUCGCUGGACCGCGUCGAGGAUAUCCUGGCCAAGAACGAGUUCCUGGUGGGCGGCAGGCUGACCGAGGCGGAUAUCAGGCUGUUCACGACCAUCCUGCGGUUCGACCCUGUCUACCACGGCCACUUCAAGACCAACCUGAAGCAGAUCGAGACCUGGGAGACUGUCAACAUGGAGCACAUCAAGCGCCACUACUACAUGAGCCACACCCAGAUCAACCCGACCCAGGUCGUGCCCCUCAGCAACGGCCCCGAUCUGGCAUCGCCGGUUGUCAAGCCCUCGGCCAAGCCGUACUAG